ACCUCGCACUGCGAUUGAGAAACAAUUUGCUCAUCAUUCGUAAGGGAUUCGGGCUUGCACUGGGUCUGCUUCUCAUCGAAGGCAUGAUCAUGGGCCGAUUGAGCCUCGUGACAAGGACUUUGCCGCCCUGGAAAAUCAUAUGAAUUGCUACCAGUACCUGCCCCAGAGAAUGAACAAGCUGUACCCAUGCGAAUAAAAAGUUGAAAAAGUUUUGGAGUGAUCGAAUUACUUUCAUCAUGUUUUGGAAACACUAAGCAGGCGGACUUGUCACUGGUAGUGACGUCAUUUCAUUAGACGGCGUAGAUUUGACCGUGGGAAACUGUGUUCUAGUAGGUCAGCGGAUGUCAACAAAAGACUCUAACAACUUUUCAAGAAUCAGAAAUUUACUCAACCUUUUCUAGUCAAAAAUCUGUCUAAAAUGCCGGUGUUUAAAGUGUCAGUAAAGUGGGGACGUGAAAAAUUCGAGAAUGUGGAGUUGGACAGCGACGAAUCUCCAGAACUGUUCAAAGCGCAGCUUUUUGCGUUAUCAGGAGUAGCUCCUGAAAGGCAAAAGGUCAUGUUCAAGGGAUCUGUUGUGAAGGAUAAUGAUUGGGGAAACUUCAAGAUUAAAAAUUAUGAAAUGCCAACUGGGCUUCAGAAUCUUGGAAACACCUGUUACAUGAAUGCAACUGUGCAAUGUUUGCGCAAUGUCCCGGAACUAAAGGAUUCACUUGUAAAAUACAACACUCUUGGAAGCCCAACAGACUCAGCACACUCAGUUACAGCGGCACUCAGAGAUCUCUACAAAAUCAUGGACAAAACACCAGAUUCUUUGCCGCCCAUUAUUUUUCUGCAGAUACUACACAGGGUCUUUCCUCAGUUUGCGGAGAAAACAGAACAAGGAAUAUACAUGCAACAGGAUGCAAAUGAAUGCUGGACACAGAUUGUUCGAAUGCUGCAGCAGAAGUUACCAGCUAUAAAACCUGAAGAAAACGAAGACCAUGGUGGAGCUAGUGCUGCUGCUGCUGCUAAAGGAUUCAUUGAUCAAUAUUUUGGAAUUGAGUCUGAAUCAGUCAUGAAGUGUACAGAGGCCCCAGAUGAGCCAGAAACCAAGUCCAAUGAAACGCUUUUUCAACUGAGUUGUUUUAUCUCGCAAGAUGUGAAGUACCUGCACACUGGUCUUAAAAGUCGUCUUGAGGAAAGUAUCGAAAAACGCUCGCCAACACUUGGCCGAGACGCAGUGUACACCAAGACAUCCAAGCUGAGUCGUCUCCCUGCUUACUUGACUGUCCAGUUUGUCAGGUUUUAUUUUAAGGAGAAAGACGCUAUUAAUGCCAAAAUUCUCAAGGAUGUUAAGUUUCCAAUGUCCCUGGAUGUGUUUGACUUGUGCAGUGAAGAACUACAGCAAAAGUUGAUGCCUGCAAGAACGAAAUUUAAAGAAAUAGAGGACAAGAAAGUGGAAGAGGCUGCGAAUCGUAAAAAGGAAGGAGCAAAGGAACCGAUGGACGUUGACAAGAAGACAAGACUAGAACCGUUCUCAUUUCCUGAUGAUAUUGGUUCAAACAACAGUGGAUAUUACGAACUGACCGCAGUGCUGACUCAUCAAGGACGGUCGUCGUCCUCGGGACAUUACCUGGCAUGGAUAAGAAGGAAAGGAGAUGAGUGGGUAAAGUGCGAUGAUGACAACAUGUCGACCACCACAACAGAACAGAUUCUGAAACUCUCCGGUGGAGGUGACUGGCAUUGUGCAUAUGUUUUACUUUACCGACCCCGUCAGCUGGAAGUUGAGGAUGACCAAUGAACACCAGGGACAUACACAGCAAGAAAAUGGAAUUCUGUUAUUAACAAGAUGAUACGCUAACUUACGGCAAAACAAAUGCGUGAAAUGUUUAAACGCUCAAAAGCGUUUUCAAUCAAAGUUUAAUAAAAAGACUUGAACUGA